AUGUGGGCCUCUGUUUUGGUUGUGGCGUUCUCAGCGAUCAUAUACACAGCAGUGGGAGGAUUGAGAGCCGUGGUUUGGACAGACGUUUUCCAGUUCAUCAUAAUGUUGAUUGGCAUUGUCAGCGUCAUAAUAAAGACAACCCUUGACGUUGGCGGAAUCAAAUCAGUGUUCGAAAAUGCCAAUGCUGGAAUGCGUCUUCAAAUGCCCAGCUUCGAUCCCGAUCCAACUAUUCGUAACACUAUGUGGACAUUAGUUAUUGGAUCCAGCCUUACCAGGACGUACACCCUGACCACUCAAACCACCGCCCAGAGGAUCUGCUCAGUCCCCACUGAAAGGGAUGCCCGGAAAGUUGCUUUUGUUUCGGCUAUAACAACCGUUGUCAAUUUCCUCCUCUCCUGUUUCUUAGGAAUAUUUGUCUACGCAUAUUUCCAUGAAACAAGAUGUGAUCCACUCGAGUCCAAGGCAAUAAAAAAUUCAAACCAACUUCUUCCUUAUUUGGUAGUAGUCCUGUUCCGUGAUCUGCCUGGAAUGGCCGGAGUAUUUAUAGCAGCUUUGUUUAGUGCAUCACUAAGUACAAUUUCAUCAUUACUCAGUAGUCUAUCGGCUCAAACAAUAGAGGAUAUCGUGAAACCUAUAAUGAAGGACAUUUCCGAGAGCAGAGCUACUGUCAUUGCUAAAAUAUUGGUCUUUGUCUAUGGAUUUUUAGGGAUAGCUAUAUCCUUUAUUAUUGCAAACAUCAAAGGACCGCUUACACAGAUAACGAUGUGCAUGCUGUCGAGUUUUGGUGGAGCUGCAGCCGGAAUGUUCUUUUUUGCGGCAUUCUGUCCAUGGGCUAACUCCAAAGGAACAGUUGUUGGUGGAAUGACCGGGAUGGCUUUAGUACUUUGGAUUUCUCUCGGUCAGAGCUUUUCUACGAGUUUAGUGAAGUCACCUACUUUACCGUCAGCCCCAGUCGACAUGUGUCGGAAUAACAUUUCCACGAGUAUUGGAUUGGCAACUUCACAAGACUUGUACAACGUUACCGAUGACACGUCAUCUCAGGGAUUAGACAUACUUUACUCCAUUUCGUAUAUCUGGCUGACUCCUCUAAGUAUACUGACCACCAUCCUCGUAGGAACUAUAACUUCGUUUCUAACAGGUAGACCGGUCACAUCAAAGGUAGACGUGAGAUAUAUGUUACCAUUCUUUGAUCUUUGUUGUCCAUGGUUACCUGUCAGAAUGAAGAAAAAGUUUUACUGUGGAGCAAAAUUCGAAAAGAGACAACAUAUGUUGGCGAAGUUUGACAUUGGUACAGCGGAUGAAGAGCUUAACAAGAUGGAGGAAAGCGGUCCUGAAAACGAAGAAAACGAUGUUUACACUACUGAUACAUAA